CACGUUCGUCAUUUUGAUCAUUUCUCGCCUCCUCUCCCUCCCUCCUCCCCUUCCUUCCUUAUACUUACUUCCCGGACGGUCUCUCGAUCGCAACCUCGCUCCUCGCCACCACGCCGCGCACAACUACCAGCAGACGCCCGGACCCAGAGCUAGCCAGCCGGACGUGAUCGAUGGAGAUCGCCACGCCGCCGCCGGAGUUCCGCUUCGACGGCGCGGUCCUCGGCGACGACGCCUACCCCGCGGGGUCCGUGAGCACCAGGAACCCGUUCGGCUCCGCUGACGCAUUGGAGGAUGGCAACCCGUUCCUGGCCACCACGGCGGUGACCGCGCCCCCGUCGCCCAACCCGUUCGGGCUCCUCCCGCCCGACGUCUCCGCCGACGGCCUCUCCGACGGCGCCGACCCCUUCGACCUCUUCCAGCACUUCGCCAGCGCCCCCGCCAGCCCCGAGCGCGCGGCUGCCAUAUACGCGCAGUUCUCCGGCGCGGGCGACGACGGCGACAGCUUCCAGCCCCGCGCGUCCUACUCCUCGCGCCGCACGGUUGAAUCCGCCGUGCCGUUCGACUGGGAGGAGAAGCCGGGGACGCCGAAGCCCGGGGUCGGCUCUGGUGCAGCGGCGACGGCGACCGGGGAGGGUGAGAACGCGGACUUCGACUUCGGCGUCCUCCUCGACCGGAGCGCGCAGGAGCCGGAUCAGCUGACGACGGCGGACGAGCUCUUCGACGAAGGCAAGAUCCGGCCAUUGAAGCCGCCGCCGCGCCUGCUCGACGGCGGCAGCGUCGGCUCGUCGCCACGGUCGGCCAGGUCCGCGAUGUGGUCUCCCCGGCUUCGGGGCCUGGCCGGGCCCGGUCCGGACUUCGACCCGUUCGCCACAGCCAUGGCGAACGCGUCCAAGGCGGCCGCGCCAUCCCCCCUCGGCCCCGGCGUCAAAGACGCUGCCCCCGACACCGCAGCAGACACCGUGCCGAUGAAUCCCGACUCCGUCGCGUCGCCACGCUCCGUCCCACCGACCGCGAACAAUGGCGGCAGGAAGAAAUGGCGGCUCAGCGACCUGCUCCUGUUCCGGAGGCUAUCGGCCAAAGGACGCGCCGGCGGCAGCACUAUCACCAGGGAGCCGGUGUUCAAGUACUCGCCGGUGCAACAUCUUGGCGCGCCGGUCAAGAAGACGGAACCCGUGGGAGCCACUGCCAAUGGCGACGCCUCGGCGGGCGGGAAGCAGAAGAAGCAGAGCAAGUACGGGGCAACGGCCGGGGCAGAAGACGGCGCAGCGCGGCCCGGGCUGAGCCUGAUGGGUUGCGUCCGGCUGAACCCCGGGCUGCACCGGCUGGCCAAGGGCCUCAACGGGUCCUCCACGUCGCACUUCGGCCGCCGCACCGCCAGGGCGGCCAUGCACAGCGGGUAAAUGAUCAUCGAACCCGCUCGUCAUCGAACCCGGCGAUCGCCGCCCUAGCUGAACGAGAAACACCGGUUUUUUUACCUCCCAGCAUUUCGCCAUUUUCCUUGA